AUGGAAGACACGCAGCAAAACUCGCCGGAUGAUUGGAAUAUCACAUUUUGUGUAUUUGGCACUGCUUGUUCGAAUACUCAACUUCUUACCGCACUUGAUGAUCGAUAUGUUUUUGAAUGUGUUAAGAAUGAAACCGAAAUGAAUAAGAUUCUAGCGGAAACAAAAGAUGGCCUUUUGAAACGUCAAUUGAAAAUCUAUAUUGUCGAUUCAUUUGAUGAAGAAACCUUUCACAAUUUGCGAGAAAAUGAUAAUAUUUAUAUAAUUAGUUCCGAACUUGUUUUACUUUGCGCUGAAAAGAAAAUUGAUAUUCCUGUACCAAGAAAGAAUCGACCGUUGUAUUCUCAACAAUUAGAAUCGGCUGUUAUUUGUUUUGUUGGUAGUGCCCGACGUGAAACUCACGCUAAAUUUAGUGAUAUUGUUCAUUAUCUUGGUGGAUCUGUUCGAAAGGAUUAUAGUGAACAAGUAACUCACGUUAUUUCAUUUGCAAAUCUCGGUGAAAAAUAUCUGACGGCAUUUAACAUGGAAAGAAGCGAAAUUUUAACCGAAGAUUGGCUUGUUGAAUGUUGGAAAGAAAGAAAUAAUCGAUCAUUGAAUAUGUUGGACGCCGAUUUCAUUCGAAAAUAUCGAGCUAAACCUUUACAUAACCUUUGCUUAUUCUUCUAUGGUACUAGUGAUGAUACAGAACAACAUCAUCUCCAUACAUUAACGCUCGACAAUGGUGGAUAUACAACGAAUGAGAUUUCGGAUGCGACUCAUGUUAUAUUUUGUAAUGGAAUGGAUGUGAAUACGUUUCUGACAUCGUAUCCUUCGUACAAGAGAAAACAUCGUCAACAUAUAGUUAAUGUUCAGUGGUUUUGGGAAUGCUUAUGUCUGAUGGGUAAAGCUGACGAGUCGAUUUAUGGAAUAAAACUUCCUGAUAUGAAUGAAUUAGUGGCAUCGGAUUCGCCCCGAACAAUUUUAUCGACCUCGUUGAAUGACUCAAAUUACCUUCAUACCACGUCUGUUAAACGUAAACGACGAAAAGAAUCAGAUUCGAAUAACGAAACGACUUUGUCGCCGAAUUCAAAACGGUUUAACAAUAGUAAUGAAAAUGAAGAUGGCCUUGAUGAAGAUAUUCAAACAAAAGUUGUCAACGUGAAAAAAGAUAAUAAAUAUUUGAUUGCAAUGGAAAUUCGAGAGACAGAAAGAAACUAUGUGACGAUGUUGGGAAAUAUCAUACGGAUUUUCAAAACGGAAAUGGAGAACGAUGAUCGUCGAAAUGGUCCUAUUCUUACUAAAGUUGAAAGUACUCAAAUUUUUGGAAAUAUCGAAGAAAUCUAUCAUUUACAUUUGGCAAUCGGUGAACAAAUGGAUAAAGCAAUUAAUGAAGAGAGUUGCAUUGGUUCCGUUUUCUUAAACAAUACUACCGAACUUUUACGUGUAUAUCAACCCUAUACAAAGUUCUACGACAAAACUAUUCAAGCAAUUCAUUUCCUUGAGAAGAAUAACUCACGAUUUUAUGCAUAUCUCAAAAUUUGCGAACACAAAUCGGAAUUGGGCAAACAACAUCUAGUCGAUCUGAUGAUUCGACCCAUUCAACGUUUACCAAGUGUUUUAUUGCUUUUAGAACGUUUACUCAAAUAUACAUCUGAUGCUCAUCCAGAUUAUCAACAAUUGAUUGAAACGAUUGAUAAAUUGCGUGAUGUGACCAAAAAGCUCAAUGAAGAGCGUGGAAAAACCGAAAAACAUCUUUCAUUGUUUAGUAUUGUAAAUAGUAUUGAGAAUUGUCCCCCUGAAUUACUUGCUGCACAUCGUGAUUACUUACAAAAAUUCAAUUUAACUGAACUUUCGCAAGAAUUAACCGGAAAACGAACACAUUUAACACUUUUUCUUUUUUCCGAUUGUAUUGAAAUUACAAAACUACGUGUAAAUACAUGGAAAACAUCAUUCGUCAAAUCCUACAAACAUGUCGCAUUGAUUCAACUUAGUGAUGUACAUAGUUUAUUUGAUAUUCCGUCAUCUAAUGAUGAUUAUGAACAAUUUGGUAUGCUGUGUUCCAUCGAUGGGCAAGCUCGGCAAUUGAUCUUUCGUGUAGCCGAUAAUACCAAUAUGUCAAUGACUCGAUCUCAUUUUACUGAAUCGGUGACAUCACUAUCGACUAUAUCAAGUCUAAAUCAAACAAAUAAAAGUGAAGUUUUACAACAUUUAGCAAAAGCUAUUGCCGAAGAACGUUGUUUACUUGAUAAAACCUCGCUACUUGAAAAUGUUGCAUCAGAAAAUCGGCCAUUACAGCCUUUAUCGUCCGUUGAUUAUAUGCCCGAUAGCGAUACCUUGUCAACUCAUUCAACCAUAAGUGCGACAAGUAGCGGAUUGAAUUCUGUUGGAAGUGUUCUAAGAAGUGGCUUAUGUCGAGCGAAAAGUCGACUUAGUCGAACAUUUUCCUUCAGUCCGAUUUCAUCGAAAAAUCGCUUGAAAAAAAUGUUAACAUCGAAUAGUUCAUUAUUACAUCUCGGUGAGAAAGAUAAUGAAAAUUUUAACUCAACGAAACGUUUAAGUGUUCCAUCUCGACAAGAUUCAUUCACAAGUGAAUGUAAUUUUCCGCGAUCACCAUCGAGAUUGAUGCACUCAAUACAAGAACAUUAG